CUUUUACACGACAAAUUGCCCUUUCUUUAUAUAUAUUAUUUGCUUUGGCAGGACCUCCCUCGAAUUGCAACCAAUAAAGAACAUCAUCCAAACUUUGUCAUAAAACGCGGUUUCUUCGCCUCAUGAGCCGACCCUGUUCCUUCUAUCUGCCGACUCGUUCUUGAAGCACUUGUUUUUCAAUGCUCAUCAUCUUGUAUUCUUCAUGGAUUCUUCUGACACCCAUUUCUUAAAAGCUCUCUUAGUCUUUCAAAACACUAUAAACGAAGAAUUGAUCAGGAGCAUGCAUGUAUACCAGUUGGAGAAUGGGAAGGAAAAUGAAGUUGAGAGGGGGUUUUUGUUCUCGGUCAGUGGGUCAUACAUGGAAAUUGAAGCCAACCCAGCUCUCUUCUUGCUUAAGUUCCGGCCUUCCGAAGUGUUUGAAGGGCUUAUGAACGGCUUUUGGCUUUGCAUAUUUGCAUAUCAUGCCGAUCAUUCGCCUCAUCUCACAUGCAUUCCUUCUCUGCUUUCAAUCUCCAGAAAUCCCAAGCUGAAGUCAGUGCCAACAUUGUCCCGCGAUCUUCAAACUAUUUUGGAGUUGGGCUGCAGAAGGGAAGACAGAGAGCCAUCACAAUUUGCAGAGGAGGAAACAUGCCAAGAGAACUAUGUUAAUUAUCAUCAAUCCAGGAAAAGUUCGCCCAUACUUCGCCAGGAUCUUAACUGCCUUCCUUAUCCAGCAAGCAUGUCUGAAUUAUCUGAAGAUCAGCAUAAGGAGCAAUGUUCAACAGGAUGGAAGAGUGCAGGUAUUGUAGACAAUAAGAAAAAGAGGGCAGCCAGUGAACACAUUGCAAGCAUUGCUCUAUCAGAUCUAGCCAAGUAUUUUGAUCUUCCAAUCACGGAAGCUUCAAGAAAUUUGAAAGUUGGACUUACAGUUCUCAAGAAGAAAUGUAGAGAAUUAGGUAUUCCUCGUUGGCCACAUAGGAAGAUCAAAUCCCUUGAUGGUCUCAUUCAAGAUCUUCAGGAAGAGGCAAAACGCCAACAGCAGGAGAAUGAGGCAGCUGCCAUGGUAGUGGCAAAAAGGCGAAGGAUGUUGGAGAGCGAAAAAGAAAAUAUAGAGAGAAAACCCUUCAUGGAGUUGCAGACCGAGACCAAAAGAUUCAGGCAAGAUGUUUUCAAAAGAAGGCAUAGAGCUAGAGCUCUUAGAAAUCAUGGCCUAUCAAUCUCAAACAAUCAGUUGAUAUAAAGAGCAUAAGGGCAAGAACUAAUGAGCAUGUGCAAGUUGUAUAAAGGGUAUCAUCCAGAAGAGAGCGAGGAGAGAGAGAGAGAGCCGUGUAAAGAGCAUAGGAGCAAGAACUAAUUAUAUGCAAGUUGGCCUUUCAAAUUGUACAGUUUUGUUUCUGAUUGUGGCCCUUAAACGCUUAUCGUCUGGUUUGCCACCAUAUUUAUAUCAUGUUAUAAAGCCUAUUUACUUUCCUUGA